AUGCCUUGCUGUGGAGAUAGAGAGAAGAUCGGUCAGAUGAAGUUGGAGCAGACAUGGGACUACAUCAAUCUGAAUGACUUCAAAAGCAGUUCAUGUUUUACCGGUUUCUCUUAUGCCAUGGUCUGGGUUUUUGGCGCCAUCUCUAUCGCAGUCUACGCCGUCGAUACCUUCACGGCUAUCAAUCUACUCGCUUUCAACAAAUGGUCCAGUCAGAUCAAACCCAAGAUUCCUAUCAACAUUUCGCGAUGGAUCUUCGCCGGUGCUAUCAUAGCCUCCUUCGUGCUACUUUUCUACCGAUGGUUUCGAGCAAUUCGCGUCAUGCGCAGUGGUGGUAUUGCCGAAAGUUAUCUUGAUCCACUUGCUGUCCGUGUACAGAGUGUUCGAAUUGGCAAACACAAAGGUUAUAGGCGCUUUUUGGUAUUCGCCGAAUUGACGAAGAGUAAGAAGGGAGCUGAUUAUGUAGCUCUCUUCUCCUACUUUUCUUUUGAAGCUUGGCUACGUAUCUUACUCGCCGACGGUCCUCGACAAGUCAUCAACGCCAUCACCUUGUAUUCUGUCAUGCAAUUGGACCUUAUUCCUACCGGUCAUAACGCAGCACCAGACGGAACCUCUCCAGUGGUGCAGUUCUUCAUCAACAUCAAAGCAUUAGCUGAGAAGAACUACCAGCAAGCUGUGAUUCUGUUUGGCAUGCUGUUUACUCUUAUAGUCUGGGUAGUUGCUGCUUUGAGCUUGGCUCUUUCCGUCAUUCUCUACCUCCUUUUUCUGUGGCAUCAUAUUCCUACAGCGGACGGGUCGCUUAAGCGGUACUGUCGGCGAAAGAUUAACACUCGUCUGGAACGAAUCGUGAGAAAGAAGACUGCUACGGCUUUGGCUAAAGGUGGAGUGCAAUUGAAGGACCGGACACCAACGAUGCCUUUGGCUGCGGGAGAAGAACUAAAGCCCAUUGCAGUAGCACCAACGCUACCCUCUGUUGCCGAAUAUCCGGAGGACAAGAAACCGAUCGUUACUGUUGCGCCUCUGUCUCGUCAGCCAACUCAAAGCACUUUACCUCCCUACACUUCGGAACCCGGACAGUUCGACGCGCCUCAUGACGAUGAAUCGUUCCGCCAGCCGAAGCUACCAGACCUCUCUGAUGGUGGUUGGCUUACAAAGACGAAUACGCAGAAUUCAGCCUAUGGGGAGUCGACAUCUCUCACUGGGGGCGCAGCUCCCAUGGGAUAUAGUCCUCUCGACAAUAACCAUUAUGCUCCACAAGACGUGCCUCCUGUGCCCCCAGGGUCUUUCAAUCCUAAUCAAGCAAGAUCCUAUACCCCAUCAAUUAAUCGACCACCGACUGCACAGGGUAGAUCUGGCCCACAGGGACCGACGCCAAUGGACGGCAUGGGCAGACACACACCAGGUCCCGGUUAUUCUCAAACGCCACCACUUCAGGUGAUGGGUCACCAGGCCCCUGGUUCCAUUCGAGGCGGUCCGCCUGAGCGUUCAUAUUCACCUGCGACCAAUCUGCCUAAUAACCGACCAUAUCCUCCAAGAAUGAAUCCGCCAUUUGAUCGCCAACAGACUCCUCAAAACAACAUGCGCGGCAUGCGGCCCGAGUCGCCAGCUUACAACCCAUUUGAUCGGGAGCAGACCCCUCAAGCAAGCAUGCGUUCAGAGUCUCCAGCUUUCAAUCUACCACCUCCAGGUCGUUCGCUCACAGCGCCUGUUUCCAAUUCUUCAGUAAUGGAGCCAAUUAGUCGCAGUUAUACACAAGACGACCGCUCUGCCUCGCCUCAUCCGCCAAAUGAAGGCGGCUAUGUAGCAUUCAAUCCUUUUGCAUCUUCCAUCAACACUCGCAGUCAGUCGCCUAUCAAUACAAAUUCGCAGCCGAUUCAGCGACCUUCCACGACGACACCGUCUCACAAUAACAACUUCGAUUCUCAUCCGGCCAUGAUGCGAGCUGCAACUACGACACCUUCCAAUGGGUUUGGUCGUAAUCGGAAUGGACCAGCUCAACCGCAACAACGGUAUCCGCCCGUGCACGAUGAAGAAGACGAGGAAUAUGACCCAUUGUCAUAUUACGGCAGUACCCAUUAAGUACUUCUCCAUGGAACCUUUGAUUUAGGUUCAGAGAAUAGUCUCGCGGGUCGGACAAUGCUACUUGAUGAGUGCACAUAAUCUUGGAUCAUGUAGUAAUACUUUUU